AUGACUGCUACCACUACCCCAAUCUCCAGAUCCAUCACAAAGUCCGUCCUCUCUAAGGAACAAACCGAGGGAGUCGGCGCCCGUGUCCGUCGAUCUAUCGGAUGCCCUGAAAUCCGCAACCUCGACCCCUUCCUCCUCCUCUCCGUCCCCAAAAACGGUGGCUUCCCAGAUCACCCACAUCGCGACUUCGAGACCGUUACUUAUAUGCUGGACGGCCAGACGCACCAUAAGGAUUUUGCUGGCCAUAAGGGAACCAUUGGGCCUGAGGAUUUGCAGUGGAUGACUGCAGGACCCCAGGAUGGAGUUGUUAUCAAGGUCAUUGCAGGAGACUCGCACAGACUCAAGUUUCAAAUCUAUACCCACAUCCCGACAAUGUUUCUCGACUUCAAGAUGGACAUGAACCAAACUGUCACUCAAACCAUCCUGGCAACAUACAGCGGAUUCAUUUACAUUCUCAGCGGCACCGCAUACAUCGGGGAUCCGAAGAGCGAGACCGAGGCAAAAGCGCAUCAUACCCUCAUCUUCUCUGAGGAUAGUACCAGCACCGUCAGGAUCCAAACAAAGGAUGACACAGCGCAUUUUGUACUAAUAGCGGGGGAGCCGUUGAGGGAGCCCGUUGUUCAGAUUGGGCCGUUUGUGAUGAAUACCCGGGAGGAGGUGUAUGAGACUUAUAGGAAUUAUCGCGAUGGGGUGAAUGGGUUUGAGAGGAGGAGGGCACGGAACUCGGAUGGUACUCCAAAGUAG